AUGAGGCAGGCAUCUGGAGUGGCGCUCCUCCUGGGGCUGAUGGCUCUCCCAGCGGCACUGGGACAGAGAAGUUCGGAAAGCCCUAAAUAUAGCAACCAAAGCUUUGCCAUCGUCUCUUUCAAAUGGGAUCACGUCAAGGAGCCGUAUAUCAUUGCACUCUGGAUACUUGUGGCCAGCUUGGCCAAAAUCGUUUUCCACUUGUCCCACAAAGUCACUCGGGUGGUUCCAGAAAGUGCUCUGCUGAUUGUCCUUGGUCUUUUCCUCGGUGGCAUUGUAUGGGCAGCAGAUCACAUUGCCUCCUUCUCCCUGACACCAACUGUAUUUUUCUUCUAUUUGCUGCCCCCCAUUGUUUUGGACGCUGGAUAUUUUAUGCCAAAUAGAUUGUUCUUCGGAAAUCUUGGCUCCAUCCUUUUGUAUGCUGUCAUUGGGACAGUCUGGAAUGCUGCCACAACUGGUUUAUCUCUCUAUGGUGUCUAUCUGACAGGAAUAAUGGGUCAGCUACACUCUGGGCUGCUGGACUUCCUCCUCUUUGGCAGUUUAAUUGCUGCUGUGGAUCCUGUAGCUGUUCUGGCGGUGUUUGAAGAAGUCCACGUCAAUGAAGUUCUAUUCAUCAUUGUUUUUGGAGAAUCACUUCUGAACGAUGCUGUAACUGUGGUGCUGUACAACGUGUUUGACUCUUUUGUUGCAAUAGGUGCAGCGAAUGUGACGGGGAUUGAAUGUCUCAAAGGCAUAGUGUCAUUCUUUGUGGUGAGCCUCGGUGGGACACUGGUUGGCGUUUUCUUUGCAUUCCUGCUCUCAUUGGUCAGUCGUUUCACCAAGCACGUGAGGAUCAUUGAACCUGGAUUUGUGUUUAUCAUUUCCUACCUGUCCUACCUCACAGCAGAGAUGCUUUCUCUUUCUGCCAUCUUAGCGAUAACCUUCUGUGGCAUCUGCUGUCAGAAAUAUGUCAAGGCUAACAUAUCUGAACAGUCUUCUACAACUGUAAGAUAUACUAUGAAAAUGAUGGCCAGUGGAGCAGAAACUAUUAUCUUCAUGUUCCUGGGCAUUUCAGCUGUGGAUCCAGAUAUCUGGACUUGGAAUACGGCUUUUAUUCUGUUGACUCUGGUCUUCAUCUCGGUAUAUAGAGUUAUUGGUGUCAUUAUACAGACAUGGAUUCUUAACCGCUACAGAACUGUCCAGCUGGAGAUAAUAGACCAGGUGGUGAUGUCCUAUGGUGGACUGCGAGGAGCAGUUGCUUUUGCUCUUGUUGCACUUCUGGAUAAGGAUAAAGUGAAAGACAGAAACCUGUUUGUCAGCACAACUAUAAUUGUUGUGUUUUUUACUGUUAUAUUCCAGGGACUGACUAUCAAACCUUUGGUACAGUGGCUGAAAGUGAAGAAAACUGAACACAGAGAACCAAAACUGAAUGAGAAACUUCAUGGCAGAGCCUUUGAUCACAUUCUUUCUGCUAUAGAAGACAUUUCUGGACAAAUAGGGCAUCAUUAUCUGAGAGACAAGUGGUCCAAUUUUGAUAGGAAAUUCCUCAGAAAAAUACUGAUGAGAAGGUCUGCUCAAAAAUCAAGAGACCAAAUCCUUAAUGUUUUCCAUGAGCUCAACUUGAAGGAUGCAAUUAGCUAUGUGGCUGAGGGAGAACGUAGAGGUUCGCUGGCAUUUAUACGUUCUCCAAGUACAGACAACAUGGUAAAUGUGGAUUUCAGCACUCCACUCCCAGGCACAGUGGAAAGUUCUGUCUCUUAUUUAUUGAGAGAAAAAGCUGGACCAGUUUGCCUUGACAUGCAAGCUUUAGAGCAGAGAAGGAAAAGUAUUCGGGACACGGAAGAUACCCUCGCUCAUCACACCCUACAACAGUACCUGUAUAAACCCAGGCAGGAGCACAAACACCUGUACAGUCGACAUGAGAUCAUGCACAGUGAAGAUGACAAACAAGACAAGGAGAUUUUCCAUAGGACAAUGAGGAAGCGCUUAGAAUCUUUCAAGAGUACCAAACUAGGAAUAAACCAUUCCAAGAAGUUCAAUAAAAUCCACAAACGAGAUCGGGGCCAAAAAAGGAGAAAUAGCAGUGUCAUACCAAAUGGAAACAUUCCUUCAGAAAAUCCAGUACAAGAUUUUACUUUGAAGGAAAAAGAUUUGGAAUUUUCUGAAUCAGAAGAAAAUAAUGAUUAUGAGACUUUGCAUCUAGGCAAAGGAGUUGAUUUCCUGGCUAAUGUGACGAAACAAAAUUUCACAGAUACUCCUGCUGGAAUUGAUAACCCAGUAUUUUCAGCUGAUGAUGAUCAAAGCAUCUACAUGAAGUUCUCACCAUGGUUAUCUAGUGAAGACACUGUGGUACCAUCACAAAGGGCCCGAGUGCAGCUUCCAUAUUCUCCAGACAACUUCAGACGUCUCACUCCAAUCCGGCUCAGCAAUAAAUCAACAGAUUCCUUCCUGCUAGCAGAUGGCCCAGAGGACCGACCCAGAUCUUUUCUCCCAGAAUCAACACAUAUGUAA